GAAUCCGGCAAGUACGUCGAGUCAUUCACGUCGCUGAACCUCCGACCAGAAGGCGGUACGAUCCCGGACGCAGAAGAGGAGGACAUCAUCAAGUGGUGUAGUAGCGCGUUGUACGCCGGCGGGGCUGAUACCGUCGUCGGGCUGCUCACAGCGUUCGUCCUUUUGAUGGUGCUCAACCCAGAGGCGCAAAAGCGUGCGCAGACAGAAAUUGCUCGCGUCGUGGGUGCUGGCAGGCUGCCGACCGUGGAUGACCAGGAGAGUCUGCCUUAUGUGGGGGCGCUCAUAAAGGAGGUGAUGCGAUGGGCCCCGGUGGCACCACUAGGCGAUGAUAGAGUGACGGAAGACAAUGUCUAUCAAGGGUGUUGGAUCCCCAAGGGAACUGUGGCACAUGCGAAUGUGUGGGCCAUCGCACACGAUCCCAAGACUUGCCCGGACCCGUUCGCCUUCAAGCCCGAACGAUUCCUUGCAGACGAGCUCCACGAACCGCAACUUGACCCACGCAAAUCUGUCUUUGGAUUCGGAUGUAGCGUCUGUCCAGGAUCUCAUUUCGCUGAGAGCUCCGCGUUUCUCGUGAUCUCGUGCAUCCUCGCACGUUCAACAUCUCGAAAGCGGUGGACGAGAAUGGCAGAGAAGUCGAGCCGCCGGUCGCGUUCACUUCAACAGUCACAAGGUUCGCACGAUUCAUAUGCAAUAUCGAUAUAA